UCUCCCUUAUCUAUCUGUUCCCCACUAUGCACUCCUAAAAAAAGAAGCAAAACCCAACUCAAGAAUCUCCAUUGUUCUCUGCCCACAACCUAUAUUUUCCACCCAGAAAACUAAACACAAAAACGACGAAAAACACAACAUGUCAGGUGGGGUUGGUCCAACUUACAACGACAUAAGCCUACCACAAGAAGAACAACAGCAUGAAUCCAAACAAAACGACGACAAUUCUGCAACUACUUCCUCAAAAAACAAAACCCACCGAACUCCUAAGAAAAGAUCAAGUUUCCUCUCAUUCCGCCAACAAAAUUGCCUGGCAGUGAUUGUUACACUCUCAGCCACUGGCCUGGUUUGCCCUGAAGACAUGGCCUUUGUUCUCUUCUCCAUAAUCUACAUGUACUUUCUCUCAAUAGUGGCCUUUCCUAAGCUCACUUCCAAAGAACCCCCAGUGUUUGACAUACAGAAAGGACUUCUCCCUCUCUACGUUUUCGUUGGUGCAAUCAUUGGCCUUUUUCUUCCCAUAGCUUAUAUCUUUGAGGGCAUUUUUGAAGGAGACAAAGAAGGAAUAAAAGCGGCCAUACCCCAUCUUUUCCUUCUCGCCAGUCAAGUUUUCAUGGAAGAAGUGGCUUUCUCGGACCGGUUUUCUACACCCAUUAGAGUUUUCAUCCCGGUUUGUUACAACUCGAUGAGGAUUUCCACCAUUGUUGAGUGGCUGAGGAAUGAGUUCUCCAAAGGGAAUGAAGAAUUUGGUGGGUCCCCAAGGAGACUGUUUAUUGGAAGAGGGCUUGCUAUUGCUAAUAUGGCGUUUUGGUGCUUCAAUCUCUUUGGGUUCUUGUUGCCUGUUUAUCUUCCUAAAGCUUUCAAAAGAUAUUACUCCGACAGUAAGGUUAAAGAUUGAGGACGAAGUCGGAGGCAACUUUUUUAUUUAUUUAUUUUUUUUCCUUUUCUAUAAGCAGUGUAUAAUGUAUGAUACGUUCGUCUCCAUAUAAAACGCCUCGUAAAUCUUCAUGUUUC